AUGAGAGCCAGUAAUUCCUCUGGUGGCGGCGAGGCAGAGACCAUCUACCGUGACGCUCGAGGCAGGAAAGUGGAUCGGGUUCAGGAAAAACUGGAGGCAGCAGAGGCGGCGCGGAGGGAUAUUGAAAAGCAGGAACGACAGAUGGAAUGGGGCAAGGGACUCGUCCAACGCGAGGCUGAGGAGGAAAAGAAGAAGCGAGAGCAAGAGGAAAAGCUCAAACCCCUUGCCAGAUAUAAAGACGACAAGGACUUGAACGAGGAACUCAAGGAGCGCGAUCGAUGGAAUGAUCCCGCAGCUAUGUUCCUGUCGGGAACCAAGAAAUCAAAAAAGUCUGCCCCAAAGUUCCCUCUCUAUCAAGGAAAUUUUCCCUCCAACCGUUUCAACAUCAGGCCGGGAUACCGUUGGGAUGGAGUUGACCGUUCGACCGGUUUUGAAAAGGAUUACAUUCAGCGUAUAAACACAAGGAAAAACAACGCCGCAGAGGCCCAUAUGUGGAGCGUUGAAGACAUGUAG